AUGUAUCGUCUAGGCGGCAUGCCAUACGCUCUGAAUGCAUGGAUAUAUGAAUGUGCAUCUCAAGUGACCUCUGAAAUUGUUGUAAGAGUGGGUAAUAAAAUUUCCAUAAUUAUUAACUGGCGUGUUGUUGCCGUGAAGCCAAAAUUUGAGACUUUCAUGUCUAUCAUCUUCAGUGAGUAUCGAUGCUACAACAUUGUGCCAUCUCAACAUGAAAUGAAAUCUAUUGUCAUUCAUGGCAGUCAACAUCAACCUAAAGCUUCUACAUCAGCUGCCAAGGUCAAUUUAAAAAACCCUCAUGAAGUCCCCGGAUUUGAGGACUUUUCAACAACACCACCCACAGAAUUAUUAAAAAGAUCCAGUCAUGUUGCUGAUACAUCUUCUCCACCUCCUUCCAAAAGAAUGAAGACUACCCCUGCUAAAGAGCCAAUUCAAGUAGAAACAGCCAACAUGCACAAGGAUGUCAUACCACUAAAUGAAUUAGAAAAGCAUGUUUCUCCUGAUAAUAUACCAGCGGUGAAGUCAGCGGUUAACCGGAAGUUCAAGCGUUUGGAGAAUAAAAUUGAUUCAAAUCAUAUUGAUCUUUUGAAAGUCAUCGACAGUAUAGCGAACCGAAUGACUGGCACAUCAUCUCAACUUAAAACAGAUGAUUUUGAUCACACAUUCCAUGUGGUGGAACAACAACAAGCACCUACUGAAUUGGAGGAGCACAAUUUUACAAAUAAAUCUGAUCCACCCCAAGCAAAUGACCAAUCUAAUGUCCACAAAGAUAUUAAGGUGGACAAUAUAUCAGAACAAAAUAUUUCAUCAGAUGUUCCAGAAUCAUUUGAUCAGUAUGUUUCUUCUAAUACAUUAAAGGAAGAUGAACCAUCCAGCAAGAUAAAGGUGGAUGAUGUAUCAAAACAAAACAUUGUAGCAGAUGAUGUAGAAUCAUUUGAUCAGCAUAUGUCAUCAGAUACAUUAAAAGAACCGGAAACAUUCAUUAUUACACCACAAUUGAAGGAUGUAUCAGCAUACCAAAUGGAACCACAAAGAGCAGAUACUGUUCAGCUUAUUGCUGAUUCUGAUACAUUACACAACACUGCAAAGAAAUAUGGAAGAGUAGCCGUUGAUAAACCUGACAAAGCAGAAGAGCAAGUUGAGGAGAUUGAAAAAGAAAAAAUCAAACCAAACACAUCGGAAUCCAAUACUUCAAUAUCGUUUUCGACCAAAACUCUGGAUGUGAUAGAUGCUCUAAUAUACGGACUUCCAUUACCAGCCAUGUCAUUGACCGCUGUUAGUCAUGAGCAAGUAGUUCAGGAUGAAUAUCUAUUACGCAAUAGCCAGCUAUCUACCACUCUUCCAUCAAAACCCAAUGUAUUAUCUGACGAUGCGAAGACACCAUUUCGAAGAAGUAGGAUUCCUUUGAAGAUCUUACAAUCACCGUAUCUUUCAAAUUUUGGGUCGAGUGAAAAGGAUAAGGAAAAAUUGUCAUCUGUUAUGCAUCAGACACACCCUUUUGAAGGUUUUGAUAUAUGCUAUCAUUCCCCAUCCGAGCUUUACACAGAUUACUCUUAA